AUGGACGAAUCACUAGAACGUCGUCAAAUCAUUGCCCGUAUCGCACAAAUCAAAAAGGAUUUGGAGAAGGCAAAAGGUCCACUGGGAGUUCUGAAUCCAUCCACAUACACUCACAUCUUCCGCAUUGCUCGAUGCUCAACCGAUGAACAGUAUGAGCGUUUGGGUCAACUCCUUAGAGAUUCCAAUCAAGUGGGCAUUAAGAAACUGGAGGAUGCUCUCGAACAGGAAAUCGAAAAGCUCAAGAAGUUGGAUGAGAGAGAGAGAAGGCUCAGAAUGAGCAAACGAUGA